AUGGCCUCACCAUUUCUACAGGAUGUACUGUUGAUGACCAAGUUUCUUCCCACGUGGUGGCGGUACAGUCACUCGUGCUUUGAGAGUGCCCUGAGGGAGUCAUUGAAGCGCAUGGGUGUGGGGUGUUGCCCCAUAUACCUACUGCACUCGCCCGUGCACUGGCGGCCUAUUGAAUACUGGGUGGAGGCUGCGGCGAAAUGCAAGGAGAAGGGCCUGCUGAAGGCGUUCGGGCUGUCCAAUUGCAAUGCUGAACAG